AGCCCGCGCCCCGCCGCCACCUCGGCCCGGGGAGCCGGCGAGCGAGCCCUGCGUGUCCGCGCGGGGCGCACGGCUGCGCCCGGAGCGGAGCGCCCCGGGGCGGCCGCAGCUCCCCGGCGCCAUGCAGAGAGCCGGAGGCGGCGGCGCCCCCGCAGCCAGCGGCGGGGGCGGCGGCGGGGGCCCCGGCACCGCCUUCUCCAUCGACUCCCUCAUCGGCCCGCCGCCGCCGCGCUCCGGCCACUUGCUCUACACCGGUUACCCCAUGUUCAUGCCCUACCGGCCGCUCGUGCUGCCGCAGGCGCUGGCCCCCGCGCCGCUGCCCGCCGGCCUGCCGCCCCUUGCCCCGCUCGCCUCCUUUGCCGGCCGCCUCACCAACACCUUCUGCGCGGGGCUGGGCCAGGCUGUGCCCUCGAUGGUGGCGCUGACCACCGCGCUGCCCAGCUUCGCCGAACCGCCCGACGCCUUCUACGGGCCCCCGGAGCUCUCCGCUGCCGCCGCCGCCGCUGCAGCCGCCGCUGCCGCCGCCACUGCCUCCCGGAACAACCCCGACUCGGGCGCCCGGCGCCCGGAGGGCGCACUGGAAGCGGAGGAGCUGCUGCCGGCCCGGGAGAAAGUGGCAGAGGCCGCACCGCCCCCGCCUCCGCACUUCGCAGAGACUUUCCCAAGUCUGCCGGUCCUCCCAGCAGAUAACAGCAACUCGGGCCCCUCGGGAUGCCAAACUUGGGCAGAACGCAGCUGCUUGGGCUGCUCAGGCAACCUUGCGGAGGGAAAGGUGUACAGCUCGGACGAGGAGAAGCUGGAGGCCCCGGCAGGAGACCCAGCUGGCAGUGAUCAGGAGGAAGAGGGCUCAGGCGGUGACAGUGAGGACGACGCUUUCCUGGACACUUCCGCAGGGGGACCGGGGGCUCUUCUGGGACCUAAACCAAAGCUGAAGGGCAGCUUGGGGACUGGAGCCGAGGAGGCGACCCCAGUAGCAACAGGGGUCACAGCUCCCGGAGGCAAGAGCCGGCGGCGGCGCACAGCAUUUACCAGCGAGCAGCUGUUGGAAUUGGAAAAGGAAUUUCACUGCAAAAAGUACCUGAGCCUGACCGAGCGCUCCCAGAUUGCCCACGCCCUCAAGCUCAGCGAGGUGCAGGUCAAGAUCUGGUUUCAGAAUCGCAGGGCCAAGUGGAAGCGCAUCAAGGCUGGCAAUGUGAGCAGCCGCUCCGGGGAACCCGUGCGGAACCCCAAGAUAGUCGUGCCCAUUCCCGUGCACGUCAACAGGUUUGCUGUGCGAAGCCAGCACCAGCAGAUGGAGCAGGGUGCCCGGCCUUGAUGGCUCCAAGGACUUGGGAAAGCUGCACAGCCCUGCUGGGAGAACCCUGUUCCGGACACCUUGAGGACCAGGGGGCCAUAGUGCAUUGGGAAUUCUGGUUCUGUUCGCCAGGGAGCCCCUGCGGACCAGGGUGGGCUGUAGGACCCCUGGGACCAGAAAGAGGAACCCAGUGUGGCCCCUGGCCAAGUGGAUCGCAGCUCUUAUUUAUUUUGUGUAAAGUUUGUACAUAUGGAGCCAUGCCUCUGCAUCCAAGAGAGGGACUGGGAAGCUGUUUCUUUGGUCCCCAGCCAGAAACCCUUGCAUCCUUCUACUGUGGGGUGGGGCACACUCUAUAGCAUCAGGAUGGGCAGAAAUGAGAUGGAACGGUGGUGUCAUGCCCCAGGCAGCCCUCCAUGCCCUCAUCAUGUAAACUACCUCCACACUCCGCUCUCUCCUCCCACCCCUGUAGCUCCCACUGCAGUCCAGCCACUUGGCGCUCCCUCUCCCCUUCUCACAUGCAAGCUCCUCCCAUUUCAGCAUCCUUCUCUUGGGAAGGGUGGACAGGCUCUGGGGAUGCAGGUUCGCUGCCCUCUGGGUUUAGUAGG